AUGUUCGCCCCCUUAGUCACAGGCCGCAACCCUCGCUUUCAUCAGUGUCACCCUGAUCAGCAGCGCAUCCUCGAACACAAGGCGACGAGCGAAAGCUUCCAGGCUUCAGCAAGGACCACGGCACUCUACGUCGUGUACAUCGACAUCGCGAGGCUUGACCUCCGUCCCAAUGUUCACUCGACCCUUGCUCGCCUAAACGCGUCCACAAGCUCGCCCGGAACGAAGGAGGAGAGGGGCGACGAGAAGGUCCCCGAGGUCCAUCUUCAAGAUCCCCAUCACGCGAAGGGGGCCACGGCGAUGGAGACCAUCGCAGCUUACGAGAACUACAACCUGGUGAAGCCCAUGGGCCUCGACCGCAUGAUGCUUUAA